AUGCUCGAGAUCCUAGUUCGAUGCGUGCGCCUGUACCCGGAUUUCAGUGCGGCCGUUGGACGCGACAUUGAGGGGCUGAAACUUGGAUGGAGCCUCGGUUGGGGGUUUGCCGCUGUCGAUCCUGAGGUCGCCGUAGGCGCCGAGGCGGGAGCGAAGGUUUUUGAAGAGCUGGGAUGCACUGUUGAUGAGUGCGAUAUCGUCUUGGAUGCACCGUUCGAUACUUGGUAUGUGUUGUCGACGGCUAGUGCUAUCGCAGCGAAUGGGCACUUGCUCAAAGAUCACGCGGAUGAUUUGACGUUUUACGUCCGGUACGGCUUGGAUUACGGGAGCAAGUUGAGCGUCGUGGACUACGGGCGUGCAAUCGGCGAACGCGAUCGCAUGAUCCAGCAGUUCUGGGACCAGUUCGAGAAGUUCGAUCUGCUGCUUUCGCCGACAAUGGCUUGUACGGCGUUUGUGAAUGAGCAGUAUCCGGAAGAGAUCGGGGGCGAACCGCCUACAGCUGUCCCGUGGUGGGGCUACUUGCCGCAUACGCACCCGAUCAACACCAUCGGAUUCACGGCGGCUAGCGUCCCAUGCGGCUUCGAUUCCGACGGGAUGCCGAUCGGGCUCCACAUCGUCGGCAAACCCGGUGAUGAGGAGACGGUGCUGGCGGCGUCUGCGGCGUUCGAAAAAGCGCGACCGUGGGCGCAUCUCCGACCGAUGGUGUCGUGA